AUGUUGGACCCAGGGAAGAGCUUUCGGGCUUCUACAGGUCGAUUUCGGAGGAUUUUUCUGCCCAUACUACUUGCUCUGGGCGUAUUGACACUGCUUUCUCAACAUCUUUCUGUGUUUAUAUACAACGAACGCCCGGUUUCUCAUAUACCUCUGCACGCUGCGGAGAUAGUUCAGAAAUGUCGUGCUUUGGAAGUCAAGCCGGGGCCGCCAGAGGCAUUCUACGAACGCUCUCAGUCGGAUAGAUUCCAGCCUGGCACGAGACCGGUGGUCAUUAGGAAUGCGACUCUUUGGACCGGUCGUUGGAAAGGGUUUGAAGUUAUCAAGGGCGACCUGUUGCUGGGCGAAGGUUUGAUCAAGUCGGUAGGACGCGUCGCUCCCCAGGACGCGUAUGAGGAUGCGGUGGUCAUAGAUGCUCACGGGUCUUGGGUUACUCCAGGUCUUGUUGACGCGCAUGCCCACCUCGGAGUGUUACCCAGUCCACUGUUGGCUGGAGCUAAUGACGGGGGUUCCACUCAUGGCACUGUCCAACCUUGGCUUCGCUCUCUGGAUGGGCUCAACACUCAUGACGAUGGCUACCUACACAGCAUGGCGGGCGGAGUCACCACGACGCUUAUUCUGCCUGGCUCCGGGAACGCCAUCGGCGGACAGGCCUUCGUUAUAAAGCUACGACCUACAGACGAGCGGUCUCCGACCUCGAUGCUGGUUGAACCGCCGUUUGGACUGAACGGUUCCGAAGUUGAUACUACUCUCCCGCCGAGAUGGAGACACAUGAAGCAGGCAUGCGGCGAGAACCCCGCGCGCGCAUAUGGCGACACCCGUAUGGACACCACCUGGGCGUUCCGUCGGGCAUAUGAUACCGCCCGAAAGGUCAAGCUAGCUCAGGACGAGUUCUGCGAGAAAGCACUCUCUGGAGAAUGGGAGGCCUUAGCAGGGCGUACCUUCCCAGACAGCUUGCAAUGGGAAGCGUUGGUCGACGUCCUCAGAGGUAGGGUGAAGGUCCACACGCAUUGUUACGAGGAGCUCGAUCUGGACAACUUCGUGAGGCUAUCAAAUGAGUUCCAGUUUCCUGUGGCAGCAUUUCACCAUGCUGCUGAGGCCUACCUCGUACCGGACGUUCUGAAGAGAGCAUACGGUCACCCGCCUGCCAUAGCGACGUUCGCGACGUUCGGAAGGGCCAAACGGGAAUUCUACCGACAAUCGGAGUUCGCCCCUCGCAUACUGGCUGACAACGACAUCGAUAUAAUCAUGAAGUCAGACCACCCUGCGUUGUUCUCAAGAUUUCUCAUGCACGAGGCCGCACAAGCAAAUUACUAUGGCCUAGCGGAUAACCUCGCCCUCGCGUCUGUUAUAAGCACUCCAGCUACCGUGCUGGGACUAGCCCAUCGCAUAGGUUUUUUGAAAGAGGGCUAUGAUGCUGACGUCGUCGUCUGGGACAGCCAUCCUCUAUCGUUGGGGGCGACGCCCACGCAAGUCAUCGUCGAUGGAAUCCUUCAGUUUGAUCCACCACACGCAGUCGUCAAGCCUGCGUCUCACCAACUCCCCCCCGAAACGCCUGACUUUGACCGGGAGGCCUCUGACGUUAUCAAGCACGAAGGUCUUCCUCCGCUCUUUCCCGUGGAGUCGAAAACCGACGUUGUUAUCUUCACUAAUGUCACUAAUGUCUGGGUGAGAGAUGCCUAUGGCGCCGGUAUUGUCAAUCUCCACGAUACCCAAGGGCAAGCCAGUGAUGGCAGCGUCGUUGUCGUCGAGCAUGGCAAGAUGGUCUGUUCGGAGGCCCCAUCUGCAUGUGCGUCCUACCUAGCACUCGUCGACACCGUGACCAUCGACUUGCGAGGAGGGUCCAUUCAGCCCGGUUUGGUAGGCAUUAGCUCUACCCUUGGUUUGCAAGAGAUUCCUCUCGAACCAUCCACGCGUGAUGGGUUCGUGUUCGAUCCACUGCUCACCGGUGUCCCAUCGAUCGCGGGCGGGGACGGUUAUCUUCCCAGAGCACUCGAUGGGCUGCAAUUUGGUACGCGGGAUGCAUUACAAGCAUACCGGUCUGGCGUAACCGUCUCCGUCACCGCACCUACUCACCUGUCCUUCCUGGGCGGCCUUAGCACCGCGUUCUCUCUCGGUUCAGUGCACAAGCUGGAGAAGGGGGCUGUUGUUCAGAGCGUCACGGCGGUGCAUGUGUCAAUUCUGCAGGAUGGACAGCCCAGCGUGAGCACCAAGAUCGCUGCCCUGAGACGAUUAUUACUGGACCCACCCUCUGGAGAGUCCGGGCGGUGGUUAGGAAAAGUAACAGAGGGCGCGAUACCACUCGUAGUAGAUGCUCACAGUGCAGAUAUCAUUGCGACGUUAAUUGUUCUGAAGAAAGAAGUAGAGGUUACGACUGGGACUCCCAUCCAGAUGACAAUCGUUGGUGCUAGUGAGGCUCACCUACUAGCAAAAGAGCUGAGAGAGGCGGAUGUGGGGAUUGUCCUAAUGACACCAAGACCUUACCCAUUGACGUGGGAUAGCAGGCGGCUCAUGGCGGGACCACCACUCACCCAUGAUAGCGCCAUCGCGCAUCUGAUAGCACACAACGUCACAGUCGCCAUUGGGCCUCAGGGCACCGUUGUGCCCCUCGAAGUCAGCGCAUGGGCUGUCCGCAAUAUGAGAUUCGAUGCGGCAUGGGCUCUGGGUGAAGCACCCAAUGUUCUGACGAAAGCCUCCGCCAUCGCGCUUGUCAGUUCCAACGUCGAGAAGCUUCUUGGAGUGCACGUUGGACCCGGAGAGGGGGAUCUGGUGGCAACGUCUGGAGGAGACUUACUCAGCUUUGAGGGCAAGGUGGUCGCCAUCAUUUCUCCUCGCAUGGAGAAGGUCGACAUGUUCUGA